CAUGGAAAAUAACUUGUGAAAAGCAUCUUAGCAAAACACUUUUGACACAAAUAAGCAAAGUUAGCAAACGUCAAACUUAUGAGUCAUGCAUUAUUAACUUGUACCUUUCUCACUCAAACCUUGUUAAAUACAGUACUAUCUUGAAAACCAUCGCCACCACCGCCUGCAAAAUCAUCAUCACCACCACCGUCGCCGUGAAAAAUAAAGAAAAUGGCGGUAUUCUUCAAAACAAUACCAUCAAAAAUAAAAGACAUGUGUUUAAUAAUCUCAACUUUUUCCAUCUUCUACCUUCUUUCUCACCCCCUGACACCACUAGUCCCUACCCCCACCACCGCCGUCACACCACCACCACCCACCACACUACACCACCUAUCAUUCUCCAUAGCAUCAUCGCACAACUCAUACCAAAACAGAAAACCAUACAUUUGUCUUUGGUACAACCCCAACACAACCAACGCCGUGGUUUUCCUCGAUAACUCUGUCCCCGACAAAGAUUCUGAUUCCUCUUCCCUUCCUAGGAUUAUCAUCUCAAAAGACACGUCACGCUUUCCGUACACUUUCCCAAAAGGACUACGGUCAGCUAUCCGGGUAGCCCGGAUAGUUAAAGAAACAGUUGAAUUCUAUAAAAAUGAUGGCAAUAUAAGAUGGUUUGUAUUUGGAGAUGAUGAUACUGUGUUUUUUAAGGAGAAUUUGGUCAAUGUGUUGAGGAAAUAUGAUCAUAAUAAGUGGUAUUAUAUUGGAAGUGGUUCGGAAAGUUACGAACAGAAUUCGCAGCAUUCGUUUGGUAUGGCGUUUGGUGGGGGUGGUUUUGUGAUUAGUAGAUCAUUAGGUGUUGUUUUGGCUAAGGUUUUGGAUUCUUGUUUGAUGAGAUAUCCACAUGUUUAUGGAAGUGAUUCUAGGAUUUAUUCUUGUUUGGUUGAACUUGGUGUUCACUUAACAUAUGAACCAGGGUUUCAUCAGGUUGAUGUUCGAGGCAACAUGUUUGGAAUCCUUGCCGCGCAUCCAUUGUCACCAUUGUUAUCACUUCACCACUUUGACAUCAUUGAUCCAAUAUUUCCAGGUUUGACCAAGCUUGAAGCAGUCAAACAUCUUUUCAAAGCCGUGAAACACGAUCCUGCUAGGAUCCUUCAGCAGACUGUUUGCUAUGAUUCUGCCAAUUCAAUCACCGUAUCAGUUUCGUGGGGGUAUGCAGUUCAGGUGUUUGAAGGUAAUCGAUUGCUUCCGGAUCUCAUUCAGGUGCAGAAAACAUUUAACUCAUGGAGGAGAAAAGAGAACUUCUUUUCUAGCCUGCAUAUGUUUAACACACAAGAUUAUAGCAAAGAUAUGUGCAAAAGCCCGGAUAUUUUCUUCUUGGAAGGUGUCAUUCCAGAUGAGAACAGGUCUUACACUCUCUAUAAAAGAAAAAUAUCCGUGAACUGCACUAGAAGUAACAAGAUACAGGAUUUAACCAAUAUCAAAGUUUUCUCUAGAAAGUUUGAUGCUGACACCGAACAGAUGAUUGCACCACGUCGUCAAUGCUGUAAUAUUUUACCACCUUACAGUGAAACCAUGGUUAUUGCUUUGCGGCGUUGUGAAAUAGAUGAACUAAUUGCAAUGCACCCAUAAGAUUCCUUUCUGUAGAGACUCGAUGAUAAGGCUGCCUCCAAAGCUGUGUAGCCUAAGACAGGAUCACGAUGAAAGAACCGCUUGAGAUCAAACUCCUGGACAUUUUAAGAAUUCCACACUGACUCGUGACGAUCAAAAGCUAAUAGUAAGAAUUUGAGGAUGAUUGCAUGCACUUUUUAUUAGUAAAAUUUUACUUUGAAUUAAGGUGCUCGUAAGUUUUUGGGUAGUAGCAGUUCAUUUGAAACUGUUUCACACGAUUAGUUGGUGGUAUUCAACUAUUCAUCAUAUUCUAUUAGGAUGUUUAUUGUAACAAUAAGGACUAUGAGAUUAACACGCUUUAUAAAAUUUUACUUUUAUACUA